UCUCAGUACAGCAAGUGCUGAAGUGUUGUCAUGUGUUAGUAAGUUAAAAAUGUGAACAGGACCGAUGAUGAGAAGCUCCGGCUGGUUCCUGACAGCAGUACUUCAGGUCAUCAUCUUUGUAUGACGGACUGUGCCAGCUUUGUCCUCAUCAUUCAUUCAGCAUUUCCAUAAUUUUUUCUUAAGUGCGGUAGUACCAUGAAGAGUGGAGGAAGAGGUAAGGUACAGCCUGUUGAGGAGGUCAUUGGCAAAAGACCUAAACGUAAAUGCCUGCAGUGGCACCCUCUUCUUUCCAAGAAGGCUUCAGAGUUUUCUGAGGAAGAGGAAGAAGAAGAUGAGGAGGAGCUGGGGAAGGCAGGGCUGUGCAGUGAGGAUCAGGACUCCCAAGUGCAUAAUGUAAGCACAACAGAGGAAGCUGAAGAAGACUCUAAUGAACACCGGGCACGUCGGCCUAUGAAUGCUUUCCUCCUCUUUUGCAAGCGGCACCGUUCUCUGGUCCGACAGGAACAUCCUCGUCUUGACAACCGUGGGGCCACAAAAAUAUUGGCUGACUGGUGGGCUGUGCUGGAGCCCAAGGAGAAGCAGAAAUACACUGAUAUGGCCAAGGAGUAUAAAGAUGCAUUUAUGAAGGCAAACCCAGGCUACAAGUGGUGUCCCACCACAAGCAAGCCACUCAAGAGCUCUUCCUAUCAGCAUGUCAGCUGUUCUCGCAAAAAGGUGUGGUCCUUCUCCUGCAACUCACCCAAGGAUUCUACUGCCAAAAAUGUGCCCAAAAACGACAGUUUGCACCAGUUGAACUUUGCCAUGGCAGACCCCACAAAGAUGGGAGGCCUGAGCAUGCUGCUGUUAGCUGGUGAACACGCCCUCACAAACAGGGAGAUCUCUCCCAGCACUAAAUCUACAUUACCUGACAUAGCCAUUAAAGGAAGCUCCUUUUCAGAGGAAACUAAAGAGAUGUUGUCUCAAACAAUUCCCAACAGAGUGCCUGAUAUUGACAGCAGGAUGAAGACAGGGCUUUCCCUGUUGGAAGAGUCUUCCUUGUCAGGCACCCCUGAAGGAAAACCAUACAGACAGUCAGCUCUCUUCCAGCUUGCAGAGAUGUGUUUGGCAUCAGAAGCAGGAAAAAUAGACUCAAUAGUGUCUCAGCCCAAUGACAACUGCUUCACAGCAACACUCAAGCAAAUAUCCAGGAAGCCAGGAGUUAAGGAGGAGAGAGACAACUCUGACUGCCGUAGUUCUCCUGAUAGAUCACCUUCCCCUCUGUCUCCUUCCUCUGGAACAUCCACCCCCACUGCUCAGCAUUCAAGCCAAAGUGGAUGUGUCAAAAAAAAGUACAAGAAAUAUGAGGAAGUGAAGUGCAACAACAUCCCAUUUUCAGAAAAGAGAGUGGGCGUGAAUUGUCAGCACUUUGAAUCCAAUGUGGACAGGACCAUUGAGGCAGUAGCCAGAGGAGCCUGGAUUGACAAAGAGGAUAAAUGCAAGAAGAAGACCCCUGCCAGUCUAAUCAGUAGAACCUCUAGUCUGCCACAAAGGAAAACUAAGACCAAAGUUAAGAUACUGGUUAAAACGAAAGAAGAGGAGUUGGAAGACAGCAGCAAGCUGCAGGGAUCUUCUGAUGGGGAAAGAAAGAAAGUAGUGCCUGGCAUUGAGACCAAGAUUGAAGCAGAAAGUGUAACUAGUGAAAGAACAGGCCUUCAAGGCUGCAUGAUAGAGCCUCCCCAGCUCCACUGCGACCAAUCGCCGGUGAAGCCCAAAGAAGAGGACAAGGAGAAGCACAAGGAGAAAGAACAGCAGAAGGCUAGUGACACAACCUGUGAGCUGAACACACACAACCAUGGCUCCAGAAAAUCUGAGCGAAGCUGUAAGGGGGCCUUGUACAAAACUCUUGUGUCUGAGGGAAUGCUAACUUCACUGAGAGCCAAUAUAGACAGAGGUAAACGAGGUGGUUUACGCGCUUUUGAUCAUGAUUCUAACUGGAGUCAGGACAGCUGGUCAGUUUCACACUUGGGACCAAGUAAUACCAAGAAGCUAAAAAAGUCCAAGUCCAAAGAAGAGUCUUCACAGAGCCUGGGAAAACUAGAAGAAGAGUUUGAAAAGAAGUUCAACAGCCUGCCACAGUACAGUCCACUCACCUUUGAUAAGAAAGGGACAGCUGUUGCCAAGAAAAAGAAAACUGACUGCUCCUCUAGCGUAGAUGAACCCUCUAAAGCUCCAAAAGUGGAACAGAAUAACUGCUGGCAAUUGGAUUCAGUUUCAAAAGUUCAGCCCUCUGCUUCCAUGUUCCCUGACAUCCAUAGUGCCUCCAGCAUGGAGAUGCUGGUUGGCAGCCAGAAGAGGAAGGCUCGGAAGUCCAGAAUUACACACUUGGUGCGCACGGCCGAUGGCAGUGUUUCUGCAGCUGAUGAAAACAAAGCUAGGAAUCUAAACCAGGGACAGGAUAAGAAGCCAUUAAACCAACCGAAUUUAUGCAAUGAAAAACAGUGCUACAGCAGUCCCACAGCAGAGGAAACUGGGCUAAACCCCUUACCACAAGAGUUACCUGCUUUCUUCAGUUUGGCAGCCCUUGCUGAGGUAGCAGCCAUGGAAAAUGUUCACAGAGGCCAGAGAAGCUUAGCUCAAAGCCAGAAGAAAGAACUUGCACAAACUCCAGUUCUCAUAUCCUGCGCUGAUCAGUGAAGUGAUACUGCUGCUUCUGGAAGAAGAUGACAUGAACAGUAGUUGUGAAACUUUGCUUUCCUGAGAGGUCAUUUGCUUGGAAGACUUGGACAAACUCCAGACUCUGAUUUUGCUUGAAUCUAAUAUAUGGGGAAAGAGACCCUCUCCUCUUCUCCCGCCUGCCCCUUCUCUGUUGGUGUCUCAGUGUUUCAUCCUGAGUCUCUGUUAGGCUUCAGGUAGAAUGCUUGUACCUGCAUUGGUCUGGUAGAAAAGGGAGAAUUUUCUCCCAGAUGCAGAUUUUCUCAAAGGAUAGCUUUGUGUCUUCAAUGGCUGAUGUACUUGACAUUCAGUGAAUUCCCUAAAUAAGUGGUGGUCAGUACAGUCCAGUUGUUGAGAAACAAGUAGAGCAGGUAAGGUGGACUUUCAGGUAGACUGUUUUCUCAAACGCACUCGCUGCUUUGAGAAAAAUGGUCAUAAGAACAUUGGAGCUGUUGGUCUGUUGUCGAGCAGCAGGCCAAUAGCUCCUGUGUUAUGCAAACUAAAAUCAUCCCUUUGUCAAUAAUUUUUGGAUAUAAAGGGGGCCAUUUAUAUACUUCCAUCACAGUUUCACAUACAUCACAACUUGAAGAGAGAGCUUUUAGGUUUUGGAAGGAGCUUUUUGAUUGCUUCUUAGUUUUCAGUAUCUGCUGCUCAGAAGAUCUUCAGCUUGGGCAGAAAAAAGGAUUUGAGGAUUUGGUUUAUCUGUCAGGAAUCCUCAGUGAUCCUACAAUUAUUGCAAGCUGUUGCUGCUGUGUACUGCAAUGUGACACGGAUCACUCCCAACAGCCACAUGCACACAAGAUCCAUCUACACUGAUGUGUUCCAUCUGUAUGGAAAUGAAGACAUCAACAAUGGCACAUUUUGUGGCUGCAGUCACUAUGUACUGUUUAACACGGCCACUGAAAAGAAACACCUACUAUAUUUACACCUGAUUAGUCUGUGCAAAAAAAAAAAAAAAACAAGCUUUCCUCAAAAAAUUUUUAAAGGUGGUUCUGAUAGAUUUGUUGUAUACUGUUAUAAGGAAGCCAUUUUGGAGGUUAAGUUUGACUGAAAAGACCUAAUUUUUGAAACAGGGCUGUGAAAGUGCUUUUGACUUGCAGUCAUGUUUGUUGUUUUUUACCUAAUGAAUAGUUCCUGUACCUCUCUGAACACAUUUGUAUGUGAAAAGCUUCUUUGCCUCCAGCUUCAUCCCAAAAUAACUUUUAACCAGGGUAAAUGAUCAUGACAGACUUCCUUUAUGUUACUCUUGCAAACAAUUUAUUUUUUACAUAUUUGUUAAAACUGUCAUUAUGUUGUGACAGUAUGGUAUGAGACAAAUAAUGUGUGAAAAAAAGAAGGCAGUUCUUCAGCCUUCUCCCAGUGCAAACUACAGAAAUACACAGCUCUGUCAAAAACAACCAAUUAGAGCCUGAGGGAGGGUCUUAGUGCUGUCAAACACUAGUGUAUGCACUGCGCUCCCCCCUGUCCCCUUGCUCUCAACUAUGCUCCAACUUGUCCCUGUCAGACCACCUAUGAUGGCAGAUGGCACGGUUAGGUUAGUUGUUUUUUCGCCAUCAGCACCAUGAGCACGAGGUUGAUAUGUUACAUGAUUGAUAACUGUUGAUAUAUAUAUUGAUAUACAAAAUAUAUACUGAUGUCGCUAAGACCUUCCUCCUGGCUCUAAUUGGUUGUUUCUACUUGAGAGCCCUGCAUUUCUUCAGACAGCAACAGUAACUGUCUGAGUAGGGAGGAGGUGGAGAAGAUCAAUCUUUUCACUGGCUCAUAGUGUACUGUCAGGACAUACUGACAGUUUCAACAAAUAUUUAAAAAACUGUUUUUUCAUAUAAAAAGACAGCCCAGUUUUAACAACUAUUUAUUUUGGUGGUAUACUAAUUAACUAAUUAAUUAGUCUCCUACUAUGUACUAUCAAUGAGCAUUUUAUAUUUAUGAGAAGAUAUUUUAGUUUAAGCAAAGUUUGUGUCAACUAAUGUUGGACUGAAUGUUAAGAGAAAUGUAUUCCCCUAUAUCUGAACUAGAGUUCAUAAUAGCAGAGGACUUGCUAUUGUUUAAUUUUCUCUUCAGCAUCCCUGGAAGCCGGCUUCUCAGACCUAAAAUCUAGCCUUAACUCUCCCAUCUGCAUGCUGUUUGCCACCACAAAGUCCUGAAGGAGAUUUGUUAUCUCAGUUUUAGUAUAUUUAAACAGUGGAAUGCAGUUUUCUCACUACUUGAGAAAAAGAUUUUAAUUUCUUGUCUGCAUAAUUUCCACAGAGUAUUCACUGCUUGUGUAUUCAGUUUCAAACUGCACACAUUUGAAAUCAAAAUGAUGAAAUUUAAAUUCCACAUGGAAGAGGAAAGCAAUGCCCCAACUAGCCACAGGGUUCUUCUACCACAGUUGUGUCUUUGACAUUCUGGAUCAAGUUAGCUGUAGUUUCCACAUGAAAAAACAGCAGUCUGCACUGUGAGGCAAGUUUUAGUGGCCUUUUGAGGCAUCUUCAGGUUCAGUUCAUGAUUUUGCCUUCUUGUCAUCGGUAUGCUUGAAAUCUUCCCUAUUCAAAAGCAGCAGAAUUCCACCAAUCAGUACACAUAACAGGGAAAAUGAAUAAAAUAGACAGCGAUAUACAACUGUCAUCGGGCUUUAGCAGAAACAAUUUAAGGUUUGCUCUUUUCUAUUAAUAGUUUUUUCAGGGCCUAAAUCAUGGGUCUGCAACGUAUUGCUCCUGAGCUGCAUUUGGCACUUUGGACAUUCCAAAAUGGCUUCAUAACUUUGGUUAAAGUUAUAUGUAGAUUUUGCAGUUGAAGGUUAUGUUAACUCACUGCUGACUGGUCUCUCCAAAUUGCUCUUAGUGUGGGUGUGGAUAAUUGUUCAUCUUAUGGAUGAACAUACGGACAUAUUGCCCAGUGAGGGACUGGAGAUCUGUCCAGGGCAUACUCUGCCCCUUGCCCAGUAGCUAUAUUUCCAUUACAAAUGGACACAAAUCUUUGUCUAUAUAACAUAAAAAACCCACAAUUUUAUAAUUGUGUUGUUUCCAUUAAAUAAGAAAUUAAAUUUAAAUCUUAUGUGAAUAAGUUUUUAAUAACUUCCAACAAGUUAUUAAAAGUUAUGUCAGUGAAGGAUGUAAACAAUUAAUUGAAAUGUAAUCAUAAUUUAACCAUGGCCCUAGCCAAUUAGUUUAUCCUCAGCAGCUAAGGACUGCUGCAGAUAACUACCAGGUCUCUCUGUGCAGUACAAGUGAAUGGAGAUGAUGGAUAAAUGCAACAGAAUUAGUAAAUUAAACGUUUAUUUUAUUAGAUUAUCAUCAUUAUGUAUCACGCAUCUUUUGGCACAAGUUGUUUUUUAAGUUAUUUUACAACUUAAAAAUGGAAAUAAAAUUGUGGUUCUUUAAAAAUUACAACAAAUGUCAAAAUACAUAUUUAUUGAACAAAGUAGGUGGUCUUUUUUCAAAGUUCUUAUUUGGACUGAUGGCAAAAAUAGCUUCUUGGAUUUUAAAGUUGCAUUCGCCUGACAUAGACUGGAGAAGAUCUUUUGCAGUCCUACUAUGAUAAGUAAAUAUUUAAUACUUUAAUAAGUGGCAAGAGACCAAAAGAACCUAAACAUACACAUUUAAUUUUUUUUAAUAGUAUCUAAUGAAAAAAAUUUACUUGUGCCUUUAUAUCUCAUAAUAAGUGAUACAUUUAGGAAUAAUAAAUAUAGCUUUAGCUGUGCAGUGGUUCAUUCAUUUCAUGCAUCCAUUUUUUUGCAUUGUUUCUUUUAUGCUAAAUUGCUUUUUGGCUUUAUUUAAUUUUGUUUUAUGUUAUUAUUUAUCAUGUCAGUCCAACUCUCCUUGUUUUAGAUGUACAGUAAGUGUUGAUGUGAUCAAGUCAGUCUUAUACCAGUAAACAUCAUCCUUACUGUUUGGGUUAGUUUUACCCAAUCUACUGAAGAAACAUGUUUUAUAGUGUAGGGUUGUUUUUAAGUAUCAAGAUCCAGUGUUUGUUUAGUCUGACUUGUUUCAUAAUACAAAAGCUAGCUUGGGCUAGUGGAGGCAAGGCAUGUAGCUGAUUCCUGUUUUUGUUGCUCAAA